AUGCGAGGUCAAGCACUCUUGUAUUCUGAAAUAUUGUCUAGCUCUGCUCGUUUAGCGGCCUAUUCAAAGAAUAGCAACCUGACUGAAAUGUAUAUAGAGAGAUAUCAAACAUAUUAUCCUCAAUAUAUUGCAUUGCUCAAUCAAGUGUUGGAAUUAAUUCCUAAACAGGUCAUGACCUCUCUUUUGAAUAGAACUUUAGAGAAGUUUAAUCUCACUCAGGAUGAACCAAUUGUAUUGGAACAUGAAGCUAUUUCGUUAAUUGAAAAAGGUGAACAAGAAAAAGCAGUGGAAAUUUUAGAUGGAGAGGAGUAUUUGGAAGAAAAAGAAGAUUACAAUCAUGAUCUUCAAGCCUAUGUGGAUUAUUUGAAGAAUGAAGAAGAGAAAAAAGAUGAUGCCAUGUCACAAAAGACCUUGGCAAGUAUGAUCGUGGUUGCAGUUCUCAUGGCCUUAGUUCUCCCGGUGGUUGUUGUCACUUUGAUCGCCUCUUUCAACAAUGAGAAGCAAAUUCGUGCAAACAUUGAAAAAGCAAAGGCAAUCAUGUUAAACGAUACCAUGUCUGAUUCCAAGCUUCGAGAAUUGUUCAAAAAGCAUUGCGAAAAAGAAUUCUCAUUGGAAAACUAUUACCUUUUGGAAAAGGUUCAAGAAUAUCAAGCAUUGUGUGAAAAGAGUUUUGAAAUUCAAUUGACUCUCUUUGAUUUAACUUCGGAUGUACUGAGUACCAGUUCCGCAGACAAUGUGACAAGCACUUCCACAUCCAAAUCGAACUCUAGCGGAGAAAACAAAAAAAAUCGAGGAACAGUCCUGUAUUCGGAAAAAGAUUUGGAGCUCGUCGAAAAGCAGAAAAAGGAACUGGCUCUUUACAUCUAUGAAACCUUCCUGAACAUCAAUGGUUCAAUGUCCGUGAAUAUCAACAAAAAGUUUGCAGAUAAGGUCAUGUUUGAAAUUUCGAAGGAGUCUCAGGUAUUGUCUGAUACAUUAUUUGAUACCAUCCAAAAAGAAGUAUGCUUGGUCAUGGGUGACACACAUCACCGAUUUAAGCAAAGUUUAGCUUUCCAAAAGAAGAUGAAGAUUGAUAAUAUCAAGAGUCGAGUAAUUAGGAAUAAAUAA